AUACGUCAAUUAAGGACCUACGUCGUAGCGCCGCCGCAAACUUGUCUCUUAUUGAAGUAGACGGCGGUCCAUUCAGGGGCUUUUUGGACACUUCAUGCCAUGAAUUCUUAGAAGCUUGAGAAGAAGCCAUGGGAAGUCAUAUGAGUAAGAAGCCUGGUGAAAUUGUGAAAUUUGGGCUUGAGAAGCCCGGUGAAAUUUGGGCAACUGGAUAUUCAAGAGGAAUUGGAGUUGUUUUCAGAAGAAUUCUUUGGAUUGGGAUUUGAGUUUCCUUAGAAAUCUGAUUUUUCUGUCUGAUCCUGAAGCUUUGGAGGGGAGAUAGCAGGAAUUUUUAAGUCGGAAGAUCAGUUUCUGGGUUGGUGAAGAUCGGAUUUGGAAUUCUUUUUUUUUUUUGUUUAAUAUGGUAAAUCACAUAUCACCAUAGAUUCAUAUAUCCAGGUAUAAUCAAAGGCGUAUUUACAUCUCCAAGUUCUUAAAAAACAAAGAAAUCAGAAGAUCAACAUUUGAUAAUCACAGCCGAUGACGAUGAUAUUUAUGAUCUUCAGUCGUCGUUCUUAAUAGGAUCUUCAUAGUUGGGAUCAUUUAAGUCGACAGCUUCUUUGUCGAUCCGUCCUAGCUCAGCAUCGGAGUAACCAUCACCGGACCACGUGAACUUGCCGCCAUGGCCACCUUUCUUCGGCGAUCCAUUCAUGCCUGUACCCGAUUUCCUGUCUCUCCUGAUCUCCUGACCGUUGCCGGCCUUCGCAUUUGUCUUGGAGCUUUUGCCGGAAUUCCUCAUCUGUCUCUCUCCGCCCGUGGGUCUUCUGUAGGUACUCUAUCAAUUACUUGAAACAGUUCCUAAUUCUGAGGACUAAAGACGAUCAGAACCAUUGUUGAUUCUCGGUUGUUGAUAUGAGUUUUCAGAUGGAAGCCUUUUUUUUUCUUUUGGGAUUUUUCCCCGCCUUUUAUGUUUACAAUCCAAUUGAAUUACUCAGAGAUUUGUUCCAAUGAACUUACCCUGUUAUGAAAGGUAAAAAAAUCUUCUUCAUAUGCUGUUUCUCCCAGAAAAAUUUCAAUUUCUAUUUUUUCAAGAGAAACAACUGGAUUAGGAGCUUAGUCUUUCAAAUUUGGUGACUAAUCUAGUUGCCCAGUUGCCCAAAUAUGGGGAAGUUUGCCCAACUGGAUAUGCCCAGUUGCCCAGUUGCCCAAAAAUUAGAAGCCAUGGCCUUUAAUCCAGUUGUCAAGCCUGGUGAAAUUUCCCAUGCCCAAAUUCUGAUGCUUGAGAAGUUGCAAAUGCGAAAGACUAAGCUUGAUAAAAAGCUUAAGUACAUGAUGUACAUCCAUGCUUGGAGAAAAUUGUCGACCAUUAUCUUUGUUGCCGCAUUUGCUGCUGUUCUUAUAUGUUCACUCAUGGCUGCUGCUAUGGCUGCUCCUCCUGUUGCGGCCGCCCUUGCUGCUGCUACUUCCAUCCCUCUGGGAUCAAUGGGGAAGUGGAUUGAUUCUCUUCUGCAGAGCUAUGAAAAUGCUGUCAAAGGACAGAAGGAGAUCAUGAGCUCAAUUCAAGAUAGAAAAUUGGUUUGCGUCCAACAUAUGCCAAAAUUAGGAAAGCUUCUGAGAGAGUGCAUGAAAUGCCCAAAAAGCCCCUGAAUGGACUGCCGUCUACUUCAAUAAGAGACAAGUUUGAGGCGGUGCUGCGACGCAGGUCCUUAAUUGACGUAUAUAUUUUACUUUGAGGACUAAUUUCAUAGUAAAAAACUUUAAGGGACCAAAUUGACAUUAGUGAAAAUGUUUAGGGACCAAAUUGACGAUUUUCCCUUUGUACAAUUCAGCAUUUGUCGAUUUGUUCUUCGCGAUGAAUUUCAAUUGUUACGUCGUAGAAUAAA